UUGGAAAGCCAUAGAGUUUAAGCAAGUAAAGAUUCAAGAAAUCAACCAAAAUAUUAAUCUCAAACACGCAAACCCACACCACAGGCAAAAUCCCUCCAAAAUUCACUAUUUCUCCCGGUCCUUCAUUCGAAUCUACACUUUAGCUUCGCAUCUGGACCUCGCCUUAUAUCCAAACCUUUCUCAUCUCCCGCUGUUCACCGGCUGCAAUCCAACCCAUUCACAUGCCCAAAGUUUUUUCUAUUUUUUUUAUUAGCUUCUCCCCCCCCCCCCCCCCCCCCCCCAAAUUAGCCUAUUAUUAAAUUUCCGUACUCUGCCUAUAUAUGUUAUUCUUUAACUGCCAUUCCAUUCAACGUACACUCUGCUCUCUAUGUUAUUCUCUUUCCCUUUUUUGAGCUCUUUUCAGGGUAUUGUUCCGACUCAGAGAUGUUGCAGAAAGUUAUGGAAGUGUUCUGCGGUCCGCCUAAAACUAAAGCCAAAAGCACAGCAGAAGGAGGACGGAAGAUCAAAGGGAAAGUAUUGUUGAUGAAGAAAAAUGUUCUCGACUUUAAUGACAUUAAGGCUUCAUGUCUUGAUCGGUUUUACGAGUUGUUUGGCAAAGGCGUGUCCGUACAGCUUAUUAGCUCUGUCCGUAAAGACCCAGCAAAUGAGCUGCGAGGGAGGCUUGGAAAGGCAGCAUACUUGGAGAAAUGGGUAAGUGGAAUUACCACAAUAACAGCUGGAGAGACGGAGUUCGACGUUAGCUUCGACUGGGAUGAAAGCAUGGGGGUCCCUGGGGCUUUCAUUAUUAAAAAUCAUCAUCAUAGCCAGUUCUAUCUCAAGACAGUCACGUUAGAUGAUGUUCCUGGACAUGGGAGGCUACAUUUUGUUUGCAACUCCUGGGUCUAUCCAACCCAUCGUUACAAGUAUCAUCGAGUGUUCUUCUCCAACAAGACCUACCUUCCAUGCCACACACCCGAUACUUUACGCAAAUAUAGAGAAGAAGAACUCAUAAAUCUGCGUGGAGAUGGAAAAGGGGAGCUAAAGGAGUGGGAUAGAGUGUAUGACUAUGCUUACUACAAUGAUUUGGGAAGUCCAGAUAAGGGUGAAGAUUAUGCACGCCCUGUUCUUGGCGGAUCACAACAGUAUCCAUAUCCUCGAAGAGGAAGAACUGGUCGAAAACCAACAAAAACAGACCCCAAUUCUGAGAGCAGAUUGCCGCUUCUAAGUCUAAAUAUAUAUGUUCCAAGAGAUGAAUGUUUUUCUCAAUUGAAAUUUUCAGACUUUCUUGCCUAUGCUCUGAAAUCCUUGGUUCAAGUUUUAAUUCCAGAGUUCAAAUCGUUAUGUAACAAGACUAUCAACGAGUUUGAUUCCUUUGAAGAUGUUCAUAAUCUCUAUGAAGGGGGCAUUAGCCUUUCAAGUGCCAUCACAACAAAAAAGUUAAGGAAAAACAUCCCAUGGGAGAUGUUCAAGGAACUCUUGCGUGAUGAUGGUGAACUAUUAUUCAAAUUCCCAACGCCAGAUGUGAUCAAAGUGGAUAAGUCUGCUUGGAGGACAGAUGAGGAGUUUGGACGAGAAAUGCUUGCUGGUGUCAACCCAGUCAUCAUCAGUCGCCUUCGGGAGUUUCCUCCUAAAAGCAAGCUAGACCCUAAAGAAUUUGGGAACCAUACUAGCACAAUAACAGAAGGACAAAUGGAAGAGAACAUGAAUGGGCUCACAGUAGAUCAAGCAAUAAAAAGCAAUAGACUGUUUAUAUUAGAUCACCAUGAUGCCUUGAUGCCAUACCUGACAAAGAUAAACUCAACAACCACAAAGACUUACGCUACAAGGACAGUCCUUUUAUUGCAAGAUGAUGGGACAUUGAAACCAUUGGCUAUUGAAUUAAGUCUACCACAUCCACAAGGGCAACGGCAUGGUGCUGUCAGCAAAGUUUUCACUCCAGCAGAAGAUGGCGUUGAAGGCUCAGUGUGGCAGCUGGCCAAAGCAUAUGCUGCUGUAAAUGAUUCUGGAUACCAUCAGCUCAUUAGCCACUGGCUAAACACCCAUGCUGUAAUAGAGCCAUUCGUAAUUGCCACAAAUAGACAAUUGAGUGUUCUUCAUCCAAUAUAUAAACUUCUGCAACCCCACUUCCGCGAUACAAUGCACAUAAAUGCCCUAGCUAGGCAAAUCCUGAUCAACGCUGGAGGGGUACUCGAGAAUACUGUCUUUCCAGCGAAAUAUGCCAUGGAACUGUCUGCCAUUGUUUACAAGAGUUGGGUUUUCCCAGAGCAGGCGCUCCCUGCGGAUCUGCUUAAGAGAGGAGUAGCAGUUCCAGAUCCAAGUCAGCCACAUGGACUCAAACUUCUUAUAGAAGAUUACCCUUAUGCUGUUGAUGGUUUAGAAAUUUGGUCUGCAAUCAAAACUUGGGUUGAGGAAUAUUGUGCUUUCUACUACCCAACAAAUGAGAUGGUUCAAGAUGACAAUGAAUUGCAGUCAUGGUGGACAGAAAUUCGCAACGUUGGUCACGGUGACAAGAAAGAUGAACCAUGGUGGCCUGAGAUGCAAACACAAUAUGAUCUUACACAAACAUGCACUAUUAUCAUAUGGAUAGCUUCAGCCCUCCAUGCAGCUGUGAAUUUUGGGCAGUACCCUUAUGCUGGCUAUCUCCCUAACCGUCCAACUGUAAGUCGCCGUUUCAUGCCUGAGCCAGGCACCCCUGAGUAUGAUGAACUGGAAAGAGACCCAGACCUUGUCUUCCUUAAAACAAUAACAGCACAACUACAAACCCUUCUUGGUGUGUCCCUCAUUGAGAUUUUAUCAAGGCAUUCGACUGAUGAGGUCUACCUUGGGCAGAGAGAUACUACUGAGUGGACUUCAGAUCCUGAACCAAAAGCAGCAUUUGAAAGAUUUGCAAAAAAUCUAGAAGAAAUUGAGAAGAAAAUUAUAGAUAUGAACAACGAUAAGAAAUGGAAGAACAGAGUUGGGCCAGUGAAGGUGCCUUACACCUUACUUUAUCCUAACACCACAGAUUACUCUAAAGAGGGCGGACUUACUGGGAAGGGAAUUCCCAACAGUAUCUCUAUAUAAUUUUAGAUCAAUCAGCCAUUAAAAAGUUGUAAUUCCCAAGUGAAUUCUAUUUGGUCAAGGGCAAUAGACCUAUACUGGAACUCUUGCCUGAUAUGGGCUUUAAUGCAA